AUCAUUGAGCCCCAAUCUCCUACAUAAACUUUCCUCUCUCUCUCUCUCUCUCUCUCUCUCUCUCUCUCUCUCAACAUUUAUUAACCAGCACUACUUCAUUGUUUUCUCCAGCAAAAUCUUUUUUUGACCCAAAUUUUCCAAGCAAAUCUUGAAGAAAUGGGUGAAAGUGAAGAUGGUUUGGGUCUGAGUCUAAGCUUGGGGUUAAGUCAGCUCAAGGAACCAUCUCUGGGACUGGGGUUGAAUCUAUUGCCCUUGAGAACUUCUUCUUCGUUUCCUCACAUGCACAAUCACAAUAAUAACCAUCUCGAGAAGAAGAAGAUUCAUCAUAACUCUUGGCCUCAUCAGUUUCACUCCUCUGAAAGAAACUCGGACGUUGGAUCUUUUCUAAGAGGUUCCAACGUGAACAGAACUCCCUCUGCGGCGGUUGUGAUUAACUUAGAAGAAGACGUCGCGGGCAUGUCUUCACCGAAGAGCACCGUUUCGACUGUGAGUGGGAAUAAGAGGGAUCUUGCGGCGACGAGGGGAGACGGAGGAGUAGAUGAGAACGAUGCGGAGAAAGCUUCUUGCUCACACGGCGGAGGAAGCGGUGGUAGCGACGAAGAAGAGGGAGGUAACUGCGACGGGACGAGGAAGAAGCUCCGGUUAUCGAAGGAACAAGCUUUGGUUCUCGAAGAAACAUUCAAACAACAUAGCACUCUAAACCCGAAGCAAAAGCUGGCUCUAGCAAAACAGUUGAAUCUGAGGACAAGGCAAGUAGAAGUGUGGUUUCAGAACCGAAGGGCAAGGACAAAGCUGAAACAAACCGAGGUUGAUUGUGAGUAUUUGAAGAGAUGUUGCGAUUCUCUAACGGAGGAGAAUCGACGGUUGCACAAGGAAGUAUCUGAGCUCAGGGCGUUGAAGCUAUCUCCGCAUCUCUACAUGCACAUGACUCCUCCAACUACUCUGACUAUGUGCCCUUCCUGCGAACGUGUCUCGGCUUCCUCCUCCUCAGCUAUGGCUGCUGCUACUCCUCCUCCCUCCACCGCAUCUGGUGGUGGUGGACGGAUUCCUACGGUGGUGGGACAGCCAACUCCUUGUGCAGCGAUUUCUCUCCAGUCAAGAUUAGCUCACUAGGGGGAAAAUAUCUAAUUUAGUAUACAUAAAAUAUGUGUAUGAAAACUGAAACCUUAUCAGUUUUUAUUCAAGGUUAACGUCAAAUCUAUUUAAAAUUAAAAAGACGUCAUCUGAAUCUCAAGGUCGUAACACUGUUAAAUAAUUGGUUGACGUAAAGCAAAACAGAUGCAACGAAAUUGAGUAAGGAUUGUGUGUUUUUGUUU